AUGUCGAUUGCGCCUGAGAAAAUGGAGGAGGGCCAGAAGCUCUCGAACUUCUCAUGGGAGUCUGUGAGCAUGAAUGUCAAAGUGGGCAAGCAGGACAAGAAAAUCCUUGAUGGAAUCAGUGGCACCUUGCGUGGUGGAGAAGUUUGCGCUUUGAUGGGUCCAUCCGGUGCGGGAAAGACGUCACUGCUUAACGUUUUGGCAGGGCGUGUGCGGUCUCGAGGAAAUGUGAAGGUAGAUGGUAGCAUUUUGCUUGACAAUUUACCUAUUAGCGGCUCUGCCUUGAGAAAGCGCAUUGCCUACGUGAUGCAACAGGACAUUCUGACUCCGACACAGACUGUGCGAGAGUCUCUGUGGUUCUCAGCUAAUUUGCGACUUCCCAAGUCCUACUCGCGAAAGGAGAAAGAAGAACUUGUGGAGAAGACCUUGAAAGAAUUGGGUUUGGAGAAAUGUGCAGACACCUAUAUUGGAGAUGACAUGAUUCGCGGUGUAUCAGGCGGAGAAAAGAAGAGGACCUGCGUUGGCAUUGAGCUCAUUAUGAAGCCCAAGUUGAUCUUCUUAGAUGAACCAACUUCGGGUUUGGACUCUUAUGCCGCCCAUAAUGUUGUGAUGAGGCUGAAAGACAUGGCUGCUCAUGAUGGUUGCAAUGUGCUUUGCACUAUCCACCAGCCUUCCUCAGAAGUCUUUCAUCAGUUCAACAGCGUCAUGGUCCUGCGAUCUGGAAAGCGCUUCUACUUCGGACCUUUGUCGGGCCUUUCCACCUCCCUCCAUGCAGCUGGGAAGGGAUGCCCCAAUGAGUUCAACUUGGCAGAUCAUGUGAUGUUUGUGCUGCAAACUGAAUCUAGCGAGGCCUUGGAUAAGAUCGAGAUGCAAAUGCAGGAAGCUACACCAGCUAGCCAGCAUCCUGAGAUGCCUCAUGACAAGAGCGUCAUGACCAUGAAAUUGGAAGGUGCUCACGCAGGAUUCUUCACACAGUUGGCAGCCCUCACCAAGCGCGAGUUUCAAAAUGUCUAUCGAGACAAAGCAGGUCUGAUUGCCUCAAUUUUGGUUCCACUGAUCCUGAACGUCUUCUUUGCGCUCAUUUUCUUCCAGGUGGGCAACAUCGAUCGCUCAGAGUGGACCGCACAGGCGCACUUUGGUGGCAUGACUCAGGUGGCGAUUGGUGGUAUGUUCGGAGCUGCCCAGCCACUUCUCUUGAAAUUCCCCUUGGAUCGGGGAAUCUUUCUGCGAGAGUAUGCCACUCAGACCUAUGGUGCAGCUCCCUACUUCAUCUCCAAAUCCAUGGUCGAACUUUCACUCAGCUUUUGUCGAACUUUUCCAAUUUCCGCCUUGCAGAAAUGCAUUGGCAUAGCUUUGCUUAGUGCAAACCAGAGGUAUGUCUUGAUCUUUUGGAUCACCGGAGUUGCAGCCGCGAGCACUGCCUUGCUGGUGGGCUGCCUGGCUGCCAACCCAGAGGUUGCCCAACAGGCUGCCCCUGCAGUCUUUGUUCCCCAGCUUCUCUUUGCCGGAUUCUUCAUCCAAUCGGAGCAGAUCCCGGUGUGGUUGCGAUGGGCACAAUACCUUUGCGCUUUGAAGUACGGAAUGAACCUGAACAUCAUGAAUGAGUUUGGUACUGACGUCAUUCAAGAUUGGCCCGUGCAGAAGCAAGCGAUGGUUUCCGGGCUAAUUGAGAAUAACAACAUCAACCCAGAUCAUGGCUGGCUCUACGCAGGAGUUCUUAUUGGAAUCAUUGUGGUCGUGCGGCUUCUGUCUGUUGUAGCCUUGGCCAAGCGCGCAGCUGCCUUCUUCUGA